ACAAAUAAUACUCGUCAAACAAUAUGAAAGUCACGCGCGAAUCCCGAUCAGAUCAGAAUUGAUCGUAUUAAAAAAAUAUUAAUCGCCUAAUGUUUCUCUCGAGAACAACAUUGAGGAUAUUUCAUGAUAUAUAUAUAAAAAUAUAUAUAUAUAUAAAAUGUAUUGAUAUCGAUUCUUAAAACCAAACAUCGAACAAUAGCGAAAAGAGGUCCUUAAUCGAUAGAAAGCAAUGCGUUGCCUCGGUACACGCCUCCGUCAGAAAACGAGCCUCGCGAUAAGGUUAUGUCUCGUGAAUCGGACAGAGGGCGCAUAAAUACAUGUACACAGGUAGAUAUGUAUACUAUCGGCGCGAAUAACGGAGGAAGCGAGAAAGAAGAUUGACGUACGUUCGCGGAAAGGAAAGCGGCAAAUAAAAAAGAAGGAAGAAAGAUGCCAUGGCCUGAGAUCAAGUAAAUGGGAAGAAGCAAGAGAAGGAAAUAAAAGGGAAAAGGAGAAGGUAGAGAAGUGAGAAGCGAAGGACGGAGGGGAGAAAAGAGGAAUAUUUCGCGGGCGCGAGUGGUAAAGAUUCUCUGAAACCUGUGGCAUUUCGCGAGGCACUCUUCUCUUCGGUAUACACCGAAGGGGGAUCGAUAGCGCGUCAGAGACGAGGAGAAUCAGGCGGCAGGCUAUUUCGAGCAACAACACGGCGGCAGAAGCAGCAGAAGCAGUAGCAACGACAGAAGCGUCCCGUCCGCCGCUAGAGAUCCGCAGCCAUUCCACGGCCAUGUCUGCCGGCGCACGGGGUUGGCUACGCCCGAGCGGGGCCUAGCCAGCCAAUCGAAACGGAGCACGGAAGGUCCCGCGCCGUGGUCGUGUCCAAUGGGCGUAGCCCGUUCUAGCGAGGCGCGCGACGUCUGGUCGAAGUAGAGGGGGGCCCUCGCGGUUGUCACAGGUGCAGCCAGUUGGCUGGCGAACUCGAGGCGAGCGUGCUCGGGAUCGUUGUGUUUCAUGUUUCGUGUUGUUCGGUAAAGCACACCGUUUUUAACCGGUUUUAUUUCUUCUAUUCGUUCGCGUUCUCCUUGAAUCGCUCCAUCAUUUCAAGUUAUAUUUUUCCGUUGCAAUUUACUUCGAUUCGUGAAAGAUAAAUAAAAAAAAAAAAAGAAAAGAAAGAAAAAGAGUGCGGAUUUCCUAUAAUUUGUUUAUAGAAAUUUGGGUAUAUUAAAGUUGUUGGUACGGCGAAAAAUAGAUAGUAACGAGGUUUUUUGGCGGAGAAGUAAAAGAAGCAGAGAUCUCUUAAUGUGGUCCGUCGCGCGGACGCGCACGUCGCGUCUGAAAGAUCUAUCGCGAUACCGGUCUCAUCGGCGCCAUGAUCCAUCGCGGAGUGUGUAGAUCCAAAGGAAAACGACUUUAACGCGACGAAGUUUUACGAUGUGCCGGCGGUACCGGCUGGUCAGCUGAGAUACAGACAACGGUGAUAAAACGGUAUCGAAAAUUAGGAAUUCAAAUGACCAGUAGUGAUUCUAUCAUAGAAUCUGAUCAAGAAAAACAUUGAGAAAAUCGAAGGAAAAGACCGUACUGACUGCGAAAAGAUUACAUGAAAAAAUCGUUCGUAACAAACAGUGAUAACUAAAACGUGGUUCAUAGGAACGAGAGUAACGCGAAUUUGCCGAGAUAACUGGAGGCAAAUAGAAUAUAGGAGAAAAAGAGGAGCGAAUUGUCAAAAUAUCGAGUGUGUGCUGACGAAAAAAACUGGCAGCCAAGGGGGGAAGUGUGAGAAGUGCGAUUUAACGGCCGUUGGGAUAACACCGCAGUAAAAGUGGGUGCACUGGGGCCCUCGGGACCGUUCGGCCGAUACGGGCCCGUGGAAGGUGGGCCUGGUGGUGGUCCCGGGCCCGGCAAGGGAGUGGGGACAGGGGUGGCCGCAGUCGCGGCUGGGGAGGUGGAGGGCUACGGGGGCGCCGGGGGCGGGGGAGGGGGCCCCCGGGGGGGUUGGUACCCCCCGGAUAAGGGUCGCGACCCUCAGCGGGCCCUGCUGCGCACCCCUGCCCGUCACCCAAGCCUGUAACAUAGAUGCUCUCUUUCUUUUCGAAGCAGGGAGACGUGGUUUGGCGAUGCUCCUGUCAUGUGCAGGAUGCGAGAAACCAAUAAUGGAUCAGUACCUGCUGAAUGUUUUGGACCGAGCGUGGCACGUCGAGUGCGUCCGCUGCUUCGAUUGCAGAACCACGUUGCAGGACAAGUGUUUCUCGAGGGAAGCGAAGCUAUUUUGCAGAGAGGAUUUCUUCAGGCGAUACGGGACGAAAUGCAGCGGUUGCCUCCAGGGGAUAAGCCCCCAGGAUCUCGUGAGGAAGGCGAGAGACAAGGUUUUCCACCUGAAUUGCUUCACCUGCCUGGUGUGUCGGAAGCAGAUGAGCACCGGAGAGGAGCUCUAUGUCCUGGACGACAACAAGUUCGUGUGCAAGCAGGACUACCUGUCGGGCAAGCCGCUGCCGGACACGCAUCACGUGCACGGUCAUCAUGAAUCGUCCAACCUGUCGACAGGAGGAGACUCGUUGAUGGGUUCAGGAUCGGAAGACGAGGACGAGGACGGUAGUGCUCACCAUCAUCACGGUGGUGUCGGUGGCCCGCACUUGGGCCCUCACAAUCUCGGUCCAGGUGGUCCUGGUGACCAAACGGUCGGUCAUACUGGCGAUCUACCUCUUGGAAGCGAUCCUUGCAAGCAGGAAGACUCCGAGGAUCAAGCUUCCCUGGACGGUUAUCGAAACUUCGCGAUAGCUUCUUCUCGCGUACUACUAUUACGGUCCAUCGGUACGAUGACGACGCCGAUUCCCGACGACGCCCUUAGGGUCGUCCACGGAUAG